GAUCAUUUCCAGACUUCCGAUUCUAGGUGUAUGAUUCAGAGCGGUAGGGCACACUGAAAACAAUUUUUUUAAGUUUAAGGGCGAUUUGGAAAACAGGCAAGGAAGUGUGCUCUUCCUUGUCCCCCCUUGAAGACCUUCGAGUUUGGACUCUACCGAUUUACCGCAAAGGGGGAGUUCGCCCCUUGAUUUGAAUUGACAAACAGGAUUUAACCCGAAAGUCUUUCCGUGAGACCUUACAGUCAGUCGCAGCUGGAUUGAAUUUACUUUUUACUGAAGCAGAAAGGAUGUACCGAAACUUUGGGAGCCAAGGCAGAGGCAACCCGCCGUACACGGGGUCAGACUCUGCAUCACUGGGAAGCACCAGCACUUCCACCACGCAACAGGAACAGAAAUUUACAAUGGCAGGAAGCAGUCAGUUUGUACCAAGCCUCAAUGCCAUCACCACCAACCAGGACCUACAGUGGUUGGUCCAGCCCUCCCUCAUGCACUCACCAGGCCCAUCGCGAUCACCAGUACCUCCUUACCCAACCCUUCAAGGGCCGCGGCCGUUCAUACCAACACCAUCCCAUCCCCAUCUUCUCAGGCCAGGGGUCAUAAGAGCAGCUUCACACGCCACAACUUCAACACGGCGCAGGAAUGAUGAUCAUACGUGCUCACCAGAUCAUCCAUCUCGAUGGGGAAGAAGGGGACAAUUUACAGUUGAGAUGUUAUCGCAGGAAGAAAUAGAAAGACGCAGAAUAAGAAGGGAGCGGAAUAAACUGGCAGCAGCGAAAUGUCGCACUCGUCGCCGGGAGCUCACAGAUUCACUGCAAAAUGAGACCGAUCAGCUGGAGGAGGAAAAGUCAUUUUUGCAGAAGGAAAUAGCUGAUUUACAAAAAGAGAAGGAGAAGCUCGAGCUGGUCCUGGAAGCCCACCGUCCCAUUUGCAAAAUAGUGGACUCUGAUUCAGAUUCUGACCCAAACCCAUCAAUUUCCUCGUUGGGAGGCAUCAAAUUGGAGCCAGAGGAACCCAGCAGACCUGGACCCUCAACCAAAAGGCUACUAAAGAUGGAGAAGCCCAAACCAAAGAUAUCUAUCCCCACCAAGCCCGUAACAUCAACCCCCUCAGCUGCCGCCACUGAAUCCGAGUCACUCCACACCCCUGUUCUCACAUCUACUCCCUCUCUACUGUCCUUCGCAGCUGGUAUGGUAUUUACCUAUCCCUCCGCUCCUUUAGACACCGGCGCCUCCACCUCGUCCCACAGUUCACAUCAGGGAAAUGUCCAGCAGUCUCAGGCCCCUCAGCCAUGUGGGAUAGCCCAUCGCCGCAGCAGCAGCAGCGGUGACCAGUCAGAUCACUCCUUGCACUCCCCGACCAUCCUCACACUGUGAUCGACUGGCCUGCCACUCUGGCAAAACACUAAUGUUCAUUUCAAUGCAGUCAUAGCCGUGUAUGACAGAAAAGAUGUCUGGAAAAUGUGGAAUGAUAAUGAUGAUUAUAAUUACUACUUUUGAAAAGCUACAUACAUCUGCUUCUCUUUAUCUCUUCAGAAAGUUUUUUUUUUGCUUAGAUAGUGUGCAAAUUAGAGGCAUUAUCAGGAUAUGAAUGUUACACUCUUGUUAGAUUUCAUAUAAAAAUCUUUAUAUUUCUUAAUAUAAAAGCUAUAAGAUGGGCUUAAUAUGUUUUAUGUUUAUGAAAGCUGAAUGCUGAAUGGAUUCUAUAAAGAAUUGUUAGAGUUUUUGAAAUAACUGCGAUAACUCCAUCUAUAAUGCUAUAUACUGAUAAUUAUGCUGAAUACUGAUUAUUUGAGAUAAUAUUAGUAACUUGUUACAUUUUCUGUUAUAUCAUGUGAUACUUUAUAAUAGUCCUCAAAUGGGAAAUUGAGUACUUAACAAAUGGUCCUUAUUUUUGUACGGAUUCUUUAAGAAUCAUAAUAGUGUCUAUGCAAAUUGUUGACCACUAAGGCUGGACCAUAGGGAGUUAAUAUAGAUUUAUAAUAACAUAUUUAUUUUUGAGAGUGUAAUAUAUAUAUUUUUUGGUAAUGUUUGAUUUGGGUGGGCAGUGCCUUACUUUUGUCUAAACUGUACUAAUUUGUAGAAAAUAAAGAACAUAAGUGUG